AUGUCGACCCCUUCGACCGCGACCGCUACGCUGCCUCCGCACCAUCAGUACUACUCUCAUCAUCAGAACUAUCAGCCCGUGGUCGGUGGAUACGGGCAACUGGUGAACGGGUCAUCACGGUUGGGGAAUCCACACAAUUACGCGAAUAACUACGCAGCCAGCAAUUCCUCCUCCGACCUACGACGCACAGUGGCCGUCAAUUCGCACCAAAGCGAACAAAUGCCUCCAAAGGACGUUUCUCAAACUUCAGAUACGCAGCAGUCGGCAAAGCGAGACCGAGCGCCGACAAACUGGAAUAAGUUUUAUGAGCACGGCGUCCCGAAAGAGAUCAUCGUCAUCGACGAGUCUCCCGAGCCCGCGCAGACCAUCAAGGAACCAGAACCCCAGUCGACGAUGCCGACCACGAAUGGCAGCACUAGACAUGCCGACAAGAAGCGGAAGACUGCGGCGUCUGCAGCCUACGAUCCCGUCUACCACCAGCAGACCUCGUACUCGACGACACAAACUCCAUACUACGACUCGCCCUCCUACUCCACCGAGCGUACAGCCUCCGCAGUCAACGGCACAGCAGCUACAUCUCUAGGGUCACAGGCUUCUAAUGGUGCGUACGCGCCACCGCUUGAGGAGGGUGUCGUGGGGCAGAAGAGAAAGCGAACCAGAAAGGCGACGCUGGAUGAAGAGAAGGAGGCGAAGAGGCGCGAACUGGAGAAGCAAAGUGAUCCGUAUCAGGCCUACAUCCCACCACCGAAUCCUCCAAUCAAGGCCCGCGAAGUCUACGUCCAAGUCGUAGCAGACAAGUCGUACAUGAAAAAUGAGAAAGUCGACGACGACGACGGUCACUACGUCGUCGUUCCGGAAGCCGAUCUCACCGACAGAUAUCAGAUUUUGAAGCUGCUAGGGCAAGGCACAUUUGGCAAAGUUGUCGAGGCAUUUGACCGUAAGAAAGGCUCGAGAUGCGCCAUCAAGGUUAUACGAUCCGUGCAGAAAUAUCGGGACGCGUCUCGCAUCGAGCUUCGAGUGCUUUCGACUUUAGCAUCCAACGACAGAUCAAACCGAAACAAAUGCAUACAUCUCAGAGACUGCUUCGACUUCCGUAAUCACAUCUGUAUCGUCACCGACCUGUACGGCCAGAGCGUUUUCGAUUUCCUGAAGUCCAACCAAUUCGUGCCGUUUCCAAGCACGCACAUUCAGACAUUUGCGAGGCAGCUCUUCACUAGUGUGGCCUUCCUGCACGAUCUCAGCCUCAUCCACACAGACCUGAAGCCCGAGAACAUUCUUCUUGUCAACAAUGCGUACCAAACAUUCACUUACAACCGGACCAUACCAUCGUCUUCGACCACCACAAGCAGAUCAGCCAAGCACCGAAAGGUGUUGUUGGAUCCAGAGAUACGGCUGAUCGAUUUUGGGUCCGCUACUUUUCAGGACGAAUAUCAUUCUUCGGUCGUUUCCACGAGGCAUUACCGGGCACCGGAAAUCAUUCUCAACCUUGGUUGGAGUUAUCCGUGCGACAUCUGGAGCAUAGGAUGCAUUCUGGUUGAGUUCUUCACAGGAGACGCACUGUUUCAGACACAUGACAAUCUCGAACAUCUCGCCAUGAUGGAGCCGGUAUGUGGUGGCAAGUUGGACAAGGAACUCAUUCGAAGGGUGCAUAAGCCUGAGAAAGGGCAGAACCGGAACCCGGCAACUGCGUACUUUAGAAGCAGUGGGAGAACGCUCGAUUAUCCGAAUGCAGAAACGCAGAAAGCAUCGAAGAAAUAUGUCAAGGCCAUGAAGAAGCUUCACGAAAUAAUACCAAGCCACACCGAGUUCAACCGCCAAUUCCUCGACCUCCUGAAGAGGAUCUUCGUGUAUGAUCCCGACAAACGGAUUACCGCCAAGCAAGCUCUUAAGCAUCCCUGGUUCAGGGAACUGUUGAAGGAUGACGGCACCGAAGCCACCAAGAUCCGACUCGACAAGGAGAAGAAAGAGAAGGAGAGAUCGGAAGCAAAAGCAUCAGCUCGCUCGAAUGGCUACCGAUAA